ACAUUAACGGUAUAAGAGCCAUUGCCCAUGCGCCUAACUGAUCUGGUUGCUACAGAAACAAAGCUAUUGCAAAACUAGUUUAACUGUCUUUGUUACUUCCACUUGGCAACGUUGCAAUAGUGCAAUCCAAACAUGGCGUUGAAUAGUUAACGUGUAGUGAUAUGCGGACAAUAAGUUUUAGCCUUUUAAAAUGUCCAGUACCCCAUCCAGUCGUAGGAAUGGUGCACAAAAGAUUCGAUUAACGAUAUUAUGCGCCAGAAAUCUUGUGCGGAAAGAUCUGUUCCGACUUCCUGAUCCUUUCGCCAAGAUAUCUGUGGACGGAAGCGGUCAGUGUCACUCUACGGAAACUGUAAAGAAUACUCUUGAUCCCAAAUGGAACUCGCAUUAUGAUUUGUACAUUAGCAACAGUGACACUAUCACUAUAUCAAUUUGGAAUCACCGGAAAGUGCACAAGAAACAAGGCAGUGGAUUCCUAGGAUGUGUCAGGAUAGUAAAUUCUCUAAUUCAAAGACUCAAAGAUACAGGAUAUCAAUGCUUAGAUCUUGGAAAAGCAUCCCAAGAUGACAGUGAGCCUGUGAAGGGGCAAAUUAUAAUUUCCUUACUAUCACGCGAUGGCCCUUGCGGUGGAACGCCCGUGGCUAUUGUUGGCCCUUUGGGAGAUCUGCAUAGCCCACAAGAAGCGGCGAGUCCAUUGAACGAAACAUGCGACGAUCUGCCCGCUGGUUGGGAGGAGCGUCGUACGCCAAACGGACGGCCGUAUUACGUGAACCACUUGACCAGAUCUACGCAGUGGGUGAAACCCUCCAUGGCCAAGGUAAGGGGCGUGCCGAGAGGAAACCGGCAGUUGACUCCUUCGAACGUGCAUCAUAAUGAAGCUGGAGAUAACAAUAAUGUAGAGAAUAUCAGAUCAGCAGAACAGUUAAACAACAAUAACAAUAAUAAUAACGGCAAUAACUCUACGGAAACAGUACAAUCGUCGACAGUUCCCAGUUCUAGCGCGACCUCGCCUAUUACUCCCCAGAAAGAAUCGGUGGUUCACGCCGCACCCGCAGAAGGAAAUACAGCUGACCCCAGGACGUUUCCCGCCACGCCUACAACAGCGAUAGUACCUGCUCCUAACAUCAUUUGCAAUGGCUCUAACAACAAUCCGGCUGUUUCGAGUAGCACUACACCUAGCACCAGCGUACCUGCACCCACACCAACCACUAGCCCCAACAAUAAUUUAACACCGACGACGGCAGUUGCUCAGAACGUGGCCAGCCCUCAGAGAGCAGCUACGAGAGAGCGGCGGCCCAGGGCGAACGACAGAGGAGAUGGUAGCUACAGGAGGCGAUCGGCACGAAACAGGAACUCGUUGAACGCUUUACAGGCCGUAGCCCAACAGGUUACAGUCGCUAACGGAACAUGCGGCAAUGGCAAAAUGGACCUGCCUCCGGGAUACGAACUACGGACGACCCAGCAAGGUCAAGUGUAUUUUUAUCACAUCCCUAGCGGCGUUUCAACGUGGCAUGAUCCUAGAAUACCAAAAGACUUGGCGUCGCUCAGUUUGGCAUUAGAUCACCUCGGACCUCUUCCGCCGGGCUGGGAAAUGAGGCAGACAAAUUCAGGAAGGAUAUACUUUGUGGACCACAACAAGCGCACCACACAAUUCACGGACCCGCGACUGAACACUCAGAUUUUGAACAAUCUGCUGCGGCGACUGAACAACAAUGCCGCCUCUACAACGACGAUAGCGUCGCCUGCAGCGACCGGCGCAACAACUACCGUUCCGACCAUCACGACUACCACCACGACCGCAUCUACCACCUCGGGCGUGCCCACGGACACAACCACGGCACCCGCAGCAUUUUUGGCUAAUGGACAAGCGACAUCCCAAGCUCCAACGAGUCCCAGAACGCGAGCUGCUAGUAGUGUCCCCUCCGAUGAUCUACCUCAGGGCCUAAUCAAUGAGGGCGAACAUCUGCCUAGGUACCGACGAGAUCUGGUGGCUAAAUUGAAAGUCCUGAGAGCGGAGCUUCAAGCGUUGCAACCACAAAGUGGUCAUUGCCGACUAGAGGUGUCUAGACAAGAAGUUUUUGAGGAGAGUUACAGACUAAUAAUGAAAAUGCGACCAAAAGACAUGCGAAAACGACUGAUGGUGAAAUUCCGCGGUGAGGAAGGUCUGGAUUAUGGGGGCGUGGCUCGCGAAUGGCUGCACUUGCUGUCCAGGGAGAUGUUGAACCCGCAGUACGGACUGUUCCAGUACAGUAGGGACGAUCACUACACGCUCCAAAUCAACCCGGAUUCGUCCGUGAAUCCUGAACAUCUUUCCUAUUUCCAUUUUGUCGGUAGGAUAUUGGGUAUAGCGGUGUUCCAUAACCAUCAACUUGAAGGAGGAUUCACCUUGCCUUUCUAUAAACAGCUGUUGAAUAAGCCCAUUACUUUGCAGGAUAUCGAAGGAGUUGAUCCUGAACUGCAUAGAAGUCUUACGUGGAUGUUGGAAAAUAAUAUUGAUGGUGUGCUAGACACAACGUUUUCUGUUGAAAACAACAGCUUUGGUGUGGUUAAAGUGCACGAGCUGAAACCAGGUGGUGCUGGUAUACCAGUAACAGAGGAUAACAAGAGAGAAUAUGUUAGGCUUUAUGUAAAUUAUAGAUUCAUGCGUGGCAUCGAGCAGCAGUUCCUCGCCCUUCAAAAGGGCUUUACGGAAUUGAUCCCUGCAGCGACGUUACGUCCGUUCGAUGAACGCGAGUUGGAGCUGGUGAUCAGUGGAGUUGGGACGAUCGACGUCGCAGAUUGGCGGUCGCAUACGAGACUGAAACAUUGCACCGCCGACACGCCGGUGGUACGGUGGUUCUGGAAGGCGGUCGAGUCCUACUCGGAGGAGAUGCGCGCUAGGUUGUUGCAAUUUGUCACGGGAAGCAGUCGGGUGCCAUUGCAGGGAUUCAAGGCGUUACAGGGUAGCACCGGUGCUGCAGGUCCGAGGCUUUUCACUAUCCACGUGGUGGAUGUGCCUCCGCAGAAUCUGCCUAAAGCGCAUACUUGCUUCAAUAGGAUAGACAUCCCACCUUAUGAGUCAUAUCAAGUUCUUUUGGAUAAGCUCACCCAAGCAGUAGAAGAGACCUGUGGUUUUGCAGUUGAAUGAGAAUUAUUGAAAGGUUAUUCGUCCCAUAUCAUACUAAAAAGCAGCUGCGAUAAUUCAGAAGUCUGUAGUGAAGACUGUAUGAGUGCCUUCUCUCGCAAACUGCUAUCACUGUUUUCUCAAUUAUCUCACAAGUGCCUGUUAAGCUAGUCAAUAUUUUGCACUGAGCAGUGAUUGCAUAAAAGUGAUCUAAAGCACUAUAAAACUUGGAAAUACUGAACCAUCAUUAUUUAACAGCUAUAAAUUAACUGCUCAAAUGAGAAAAUUGAAUGUGGAAUUUAGAUGCCCUGAUAGUUAUCGUGUUCAUAAACAUUUUUGUGGUUUUCUCUUUAAAAUUAUGCAAAGUAUUACAAAACCUAGAUGUUUACUAAAAGUAAUUCAUGUGAGCAAAUUACAGUUCAGAACUAUAUUUCACAUUACAUCAGAAUGAAAUGUAAUGACUAAUAUUUUUUCUUCAGGCGGAUCACAAAUGUUAAGCAACAGGACAUUAUAUAUUUCGGUUUAUAGUGCAGUAGACUCAUCAGCUGGUAUGCAGUAGCUUGAGGCUUAAAUGUGAAUAUAUUAAAAUAUGACGGUCAAUAGAUUAGCUUCAAGGUACAGUUUCGUUCGUGUUACAAAAAAUUACUUUUCGGAGUAAUUAUCAAAAGUCUAGGGAAGCUAAAUAUACUCCAUUUUGCUGUUUGUUCAUGAGAAGCGGUGCAACAGCUUUCAAUGAUACCACUUGUGAGUCAGCAUGUAAAGAGCAAACACCGCCAACGGUAACGUACAUUGACGUUAUUCAGUGGGUCAAAAAAGUAUUGGCACACUCUAUCUUUUUCUUCAAUCUCAAUAAUGAAAAUAUCAAUUUUUUGAUAUAGUCCGUACCAUGAAUGUUGGCGUACACGUCAUCAUUUGUACAUUUCCGAGCAAAUAGUUUUGAAGUAGGCACUUUCUACCAUAGGCGAAUAUCCAUAGGCGUGCCCCCGGAAAGAGAUUUUUAGUAGUAAAAAUGUACUGUGUCAGGCGGCAAAAAGUAUUUUCUGUAUAUUUCGAAAAUAUUUGCUGCACAAAACGGCAAGUCUUGAUUUAUUGUUAUUUGAAUGCGCGAUUUAAGGAACAUAUUUCAAUUUUGCAGGAAAUGAAGAAAAACAGAAUAUUUUCUGAAAAAGCAUAACAUUGAGAAAAAUAUUGAAAUUUCAGUUUUAAGUUCUAAAAUUAAACAUACUCGAACAUAUAAGGUAAUUAAUAGAUUUUUUUAUUUGUACUGGUAGAUAGCGUAUAUGAACACAAAGUUACGAUGAAUUACCAGGCUCUAUCACACAACAAUUCCUUCAAGCUUUCAUGGGUAGAUUUGACCGAAAUAAAUAUCGCUGUCUUAAAAAUCUUCAUCUGAACUGCUGUCGUCUCCAUUGAUUGUAAUAAUCACUUCUGGCACAUUAUCCAGGAUUCGUUGUCUGUUAUACCAUGCAUCUAUAACUGCCACCGUGUGUGUGACAACAGAGGCCCAUCUUUCAGGAGUACAGUUUUCCAAUACCUUCUGCCACAUGCCUAGCACUUUGUCAGCGCCAUAACCUUCCUCGCCUAUAUGGGUAUCAUAAUAUUGUUUUGCCUGUGCCAAUAUCAGUUCGAUGGCAUUGAACUGGCAGUGGUAUGGCGGUAGUCGCAGUACCUCAUGCCCAUGUUCUCGUAGGUAUUCAUCAACAACAAAUCUUGCAGGCCGAGCAUGUUGCUUGGCCAAUUUUAAGAGUUCACUUUUAAAUUGGUUCCUCUCAAAAUUAAUGUUGUUUCCCUCCAACCACUGUAUGACCUGGGCUUUUGUCCAAGAUGAUAUUGGCUGCUUCUCCACUAAUACACUGUGGCAGGAAGCAUUAUCCAUAACAAUGAGGGAUGGCUCCUCCAAAUUUGGAACCAGCUUCUCUUUGACCCACUUCAAAAAUAUAUCGCCAUUCAUGUCUCCAUGAUAAUCUGCCAGUUUUGAGGCAGUGCCAUAGAUGAGUGAAGCAUUCUCCACGAACCCCCCACUGUGACCAGCAUGUAAUACAAUAUAGCGUUUGCCUUCAAAUCCCCCAGGUUUUCGGGUCCCUUUUACGGAUCCGUCCUGCCAGGAUCUCUUCCUGUUCCCUUUUGCAAAAAUCCAUGUCUCAUCUAAGAAAACAACUGUGCGUUUAAAGGGGGAGUUUCCAUUUUCAUUAUAUUUGCGCAGAAAUUCUGCUCUCAAAGCAACGACACUGCUUUUCUCCAUAAGCGCCUUCCGGUUGUCUUCCUGUUUAUAUUGGAAGCCAAUAAGCGGCACAAUGACAUCUUGCUUAUGUCCACUAUUUGUUUGACGUCCAAUUCUUCCUUUAAUGUUCUGAUAGUAAAAUGCCUCUCUGUAAGUAUUAAUACAUAAAUAAAUCGUAUUAAUGGAGACAAAAAUACGUACUUUCUGAGUACAUGUUGUAAAUUGCAUUUUUCACUUCCAUCUUCACAGCGUCUGGUAAGUCUGCUGUUUUUGUUUUUUCCCGGGGCUUAUAUUUUUUUGUUUUGGAGGCAGCUUGAUCUUCCUGGUCUACGGGCUUUCGGUUUUCUUUUGAUUCUCUGAAAAUACGUGACACCGUCCGCAUACUAAUGCCCAUUGCGUGGGAAACACGCUGAAAAUUUAAUUUAUUUAUUUUAUGAUUUAUUAGACUUCGUAUAAUGUCACAUGUAUUAGUGAUAGGCAUGUGAAUAAACUUUUAGGUUCUGUCGAUGGUGAAAAAACCCUACAACUUUUUUUUCAACGUUCGAGAGUUCGAGACGUUCGAGAGUUAAGCUUCGAGAAACCAGAGUUAUUCAUUGUCUGUCUUGAUAGUUUUCUCUCCAUUUGAAAAUGUAAUAUAAGAUAUAAAAAUUAAAGUAUAAUAUAAUUUUUUAAUACAUGUGUAACAUAACAAGAAAAACAUGACGCAAUGAGAAAAAACAACGUGAAACUUUUUUCAAUAAUACAUAUAACCAUACAUAUAAAUAUUACCUCCUGAAUUGCGUCCACAGGUAAUAAGGGCCCAUUAUUACGUUUUUCGCGAUCAAAAUACUUUAGUAGCUUCACCACCAUGUCCCUGGCUACUCCAUCAAGUCUUUUGCCGGGCAUUUUUUAUUCACUUUAUUUACACUAAUUGUAAAGAACAACAAACCGGAAAACGGUGCAAAAAUCAACCGCGCAGGUCUGAACCUUUGCUAUACAAACCGUACGCUCAUGAUCGUCGCUGUCACCGUGACUUACGAUAUAGUGCGACCUACCUAAUAAUACCGUCUUUGUCUAACACAUUGCUGCGUAAGCGGCAACGCUCCCAACUUCUGUCGUAGCACCAGAAAACAUAUGUUAUUGUUAUCCAGUACGGUCGCGCUCACUCGUUAAAAGGAGAUGGCAGAAAAUCUGCCAGUCGUGGAUAAAUGCAUCAAGUGAUGACGUGUAUGCCAACAUUCAUGGUACGGACUAUACCUAGAUUUAUCUGAAACCUAAAUCUAAUUUUUGAUGCCACUAGAUUAGGCAAAGUGAAAAUAAUACAAGAAUAAUAAUAGGAAUUAUGAAUUUCAAGCGUCAAAACAAUAUGGCACAACAAACAAGUAGUCAACAAAAUUUAUUUACAGUUAGUAUUUGUACAACAAUGGCUUUGGGCCAUAAUUGAUGUAAAUGGUAUGAUAACAAAGUACUAACUGUAAAUAAAAUUUAUUAAAAGCUAUUUACAUGUUUUUUAAAUGUACCAAUACUUUUUUGAUCCUUGAAUUUUAUAAUUCCUAUUAUUAUUCUUAUAUUGUUUUUAAUUUGCUUAAUCUAUUGCCAUAUUGGAUGUUAGUUUUCAAAUAAAUGCAGUUUUUCUUAUUGAGAUUCAAGAAAAAAAUGGGGUGUAUCAAUACUUUUUUGACCUACUGAAUAUUUUCAUAGCAGCCAGUGGGAUUCUGUAUCUUUGAAGCUUUAACUGUGCCUAGUACCACAAUACGUACAACAUUAAAGUGCUUAAUGAGAUACUGUUUAGAAUUAUUGCUCACAAUUUUCUCUUUACAGACACCUUGUACACGGUAUGCUGGUUUUGUUCAUAUUUUGCAAAAUAUCCGAAGUCAUAAUGCAAAUAGGUAAUAAUCUCUGUAGUUCAUUUACCCAUAUCGUUAGCUCAAAUACUGAAUUAUCUCGAUAUCACUACUGAGUUGUUAACGAGAGAUGAACAGAAUCAACCUCUAACCACAUAAUAUAAAGCGGACAAAUAUUUUCAGAUUUACUGCAAUCUUUAGGUGUAGAUUAGAUGAUGGCAUAUACAGCACCCGGAACUGCCUUUAAGAUGUCAUACAUCACAAAUAUUUUUUUAAAAUAGAUUUAUCAAUAGUAUCAAUAUCUUAUACGUAACAUACGCGCAUUUGGUUCCAUUUGUUUAUAUUUUACACUGUAGAUAUGAUUUGAGCAAGUAUUGACUUCAUAUUCAUAAUGGGUGUAACAAUACUACUUUUUAACAUUUUAUUGAUUAAAUGAACUAAUUUGCUCAAAAACUUUGAAUAUAGAGUAUUUACAAUGUCCCCUCUAGAUAUAAAAUACAUGUUCUUCGUCUUUUGUAAAAGAUUUAAAUAGAUGUCUUCUAAACAUCUAGUUAAUUUAGCAGUUUAAACAAAUGGAAUCAUUCCAGAUAACUCUACAUAUCUUCUAGCUUUCAUUUUGAUGAUAAAUAUUUCAGAAAAUACUUAGGAAACAUACGUACUAUAUUUGUAAAUAUUUUAAUUAUACAUGGUGUCGCAUUUUCUCCUUUCCACCUAAAUAUUUCAAGACAAAAAAAUCAAUUCGGUUUUCGAUGCAAAAAUGUUGGUGACUUUGACAAUGAUCUUUACUAUGACCUUUGAGGUCAUUUCAAGUGCGAGUGAAUAUUUUUAAAUAGAACCCUUUCUUUUUCAAAUCGGAAUUGAAAUAGGAGUAAAGUUUACGUCCAAGCGGCACCUUGGCGCUUGUCUAUCGCUUGAAAACAAUUUGCUCUAACAAAAAUGUUCGAUAUUACAGUUGCGCGGUUUGUCGAGAUUACCCAAAGGUGAUGAUACUGGAAAUCGAAAAAGCAGGAAAUUUUAUAUCCUAAUAUAAUCUUGACCUCAAUAACUUUCAAGCAUGACUUUCAGGUUAAGAUCACACCCUGCUUUUUCCAUUUCCAAUAUAAAAAUCAGAGGUUUCCUUUGGAAAUUUUGACUUUUACUUGACGACCAUGGUCAAGGCUAUGAUCAAGGUCACUUUUGGGUGAUCACCACAAACAUCAUAACAUGUACUGUUGAAAAUUUUUGCUACCCCAGAUUGUUCCCAAUGUCUUCAUUUGAUCUUGAAAUGACCUUAAAGGCAAUGGUGAAGGUCAUGACCAAGGUGAUGUUCGGACGCAGAAGUUGCUCCUUUGUUCAAUUCCAUCUGAAAAAGGGUGGUUUUCCUUUGAAACUUGACCUUAAGAGCCGUAGUUAAGGCCAUUGUCAAUAUCCCGAUCAUUUCACCCCUCGAAACCCCACAACUUUUGUUCGAAAAUUUCUUUUCUAUGAUGCGCACUUAUCGAACUAUUUAGGUGGGAAGAUUAAAAUGGGACGCCGUUUAUAAUGUCAAUUCAAAGCAAUGUAAAUUUUAGUACCAAAGCUCAAAGAAAUCUGCUUGAUAAAAGGCUGUCAGCAGCUAACGUGGGAAAGCAGAAAUGUGAUUUAUUUAUAAAAUUUGUCUGUACAUUUUUAUGAUUGGAGCUAUUCUAGAUUUGCAUUAGGGAGGGUUGCAAUUCUUUAAAUAGACAAUACCUUUUUUUAAAUGUUUUCGGUGCAUAUCUAUGUGAACAAUAAUUAUUGUAUUAGGCAAGUAUUUUGCUUCUUGUUGAUUUUUUAUAAAAAUGGUACAAAAUACGACAGCAGUGGUUGCGCAUUUGAUUUUUUAUAUUGGUGUGACAGGUGUCCACUUCUAGUACGUUGAGUGUGGGUAAGAGGACUUUGUGCUAAUGUGCUUUCAGCUAUGUACUACAUAGACCAUUUGAAAACCCAUUUUUAAGAUAAAGAUUGAGUCGAAUAAAACACAAGCACAACUAUUAUAGAAUGUAAUUUAAAAAAAAUAUAUUGGGAAGGCUUGAAACGUUUUUUGUCACCUACACUAAUGGAAAAAAUUAGAGGGUCAAAAAUUUUUUUCGAAUUUUUAGUGAUUUUUCAGGAUGCUGGAUCUCAGUGAAAACUGGUCGUAUUGAGAUUUAAGAAACAUAUUUCGAUGCACCAAGUUUCCAGUUUUAAAACCUUUUGCCAAAAUAAUACCACCCAAUUUUGAUGUAAAUUUUUUUGACCCUUCAUUUUUUCCCAUCAGUGUUUUUACAUCUUAUAUCUUGUUUACAUCACACUAAAAAGCAUCUGCAAUACAUUGUAAAUGCAAAAAUCGAAUCAUAUUCGUAUGCGAUUUGUCCGGAUUGCUCUUUCUUCUAUAAUCAGUGGCAUAUAUAGGUAUGUUCGGGGAGGGGCUUCUAGGUCCAAGACAUUAAUUCCCGCUACGGACCUAGAAACACUACCGUUUUUGUCGUUUUUUCUUGCUUUAGUACUAAACUUCGAUAUGUGUGACAAAAUUUGUGUAUGGGUUUUGAAACUUGUAGAUGGUAGCCCCAAAUAUUUUAAACCUGUUUUUAAAGCUUUAAUAGUCACAGCUGCCUCUCAAGUUAUUGUUUACUAAACAUGCUGUUGCGGAUACGCUCGUUCGAAAAAUCGGAUACAGGUUACUGUCUUCGCACGGUGUGUGCCCACGAGGCAGCGUGGUGCAACCAGAAAACGAUUGGAGACAUCUUACUGGUGCAGGUGUUUCACUUGAUCGCUGGGGGCACCAAGGCAGCUUGAUAAAACACAGCAGCACUAGCGCUUGUAGGAUUGAAUCUGCCUUUAACAGUCGAUCCUGGAAUGAAGGAAAUGCUGGUUCGAAUCCCUAAUUUUCUGCCUAUGACGUUGUUGAAAAAUCGUAUACAAGGAAUCACAUGACCCUCCAUUCCAUUUAGAAAAUGUUACAAGAUGGCGCCAAGCAGUCAUUCUGAAAUUUUCCACUGUUAAAAUACAGUCAUGCGUCAAUUUCGCUACUCUACUUUUCAGCUUGCUAACUUUACUCAUUGAAGAAAUAAGUAGGGGGCCCUUCCUGAAGAGUACGGUACUUGUAAUACGAAUAAAAUAUGUGGAACGAAACAUACUUUUCUUUAAAACAAAAAAAAGUCUUUUGAGAUCAUGUUUAAUUUUUAUCAACUCUCCGCCAAUAUUUUUCUAAUCAACGUGCACCUCAAAUAUAUUGAUAAAUACAAGAAAUUAUUUUCACGAAGGUGAAACUUUACGUACUUUCUUCAUAAAAUCACGGUUAUGGUAUUUUCAAGCUCUUCAACGGGUAAACAACGUUUUCUGCGCUAUUUAUUAAAAUUCACCACAUCAAGAAGCUUAAAAAUAUUCAUAUAACUUCUAUGCUUUUCGCUUUACAAGUUGAAAAUAUACGCCACUGUUUACAAUGUAACUGUUCUUAUAUUUCAUGGUUGUGUUAAAUUUCCUUCAGUGGAAUACGAAGCCAUUUUUUAUUCGAGGAAAAGAACACGAGCACAUCACUUUUGCAAAGUUUGUAUUAUCACAGCAUAGUGAAAUCAUUCAAUGCAUCAGAAAAUCUAUUUGCAAUAAUUUUCCAAUGUUUAUCAAAUAUUAAUCCCUCAGAGAAUAUUUAUACCAUAUUUGAACCCUUUACUUCUGUACAUGUUCUUUUACAGAAUCAUUGUGCUUGUUUUGUAAAUUCUGGCAAGUCGUAUGAAAAAUUCUUGGCAUUGAAGAACCAAUUUUGUCAUAUCUAAUUGUUGUUGCCAAUGUUAACUUUGAUAUAAGCAUCCACAUAAGUUUUAAGUUCCAAAACGAUACAUUUUUCUUUGUCCUUGUUGACAAAGUAUAAUAAAGAAAUACUCUUAUUAUGUGUAAAUAUUUGAUUUUGAUUAAUGUUAACGCUACUGUACUAUUUAUUAGUGAUACAUUUUUUGUGGUGUAAUGAUAGG